AUGCCUCGUUGCGCUCUCGUCACCGGAUGUAGUGCUGGAGGCAUCGGCUCGGCCUUGGUGGAAGAACUACACGCCCAGGGACUGAAAGUCUACGCAACGGCUCGGUCGGCAGCGAAAAUGGAGCAUUUUUCUAUACUUCCCCGUGUCACGAUCAUUACCCUCGAUGUCGUUGAUCCAACCAGCAUUGCGGCUGCCGUGGAGACCGUCCGGCAGGAUUUGUCUUUGAAUGGAGACUCUCUCGAUAUUCUCAUCAACAACGCCGGUCAAUCCCUCGUAUACCCAGCCCUUGAUACCUCUAUUGAAGAGGCAAAGCGUCUUUUUGACGUGAACUUCUGGGGAGUCAUCACUAUGACCCAGGCUUUUACCCCACUGCUCCGCGCUGGAAAAAAUGGUAGUACACUUGUGAACGUCUGUUCGAUUUCGGGUUUCCUAUACGCCCCAUGGAUGAGUGUAUACAAUGCCUCCAAAGCUGCUUUGAUGUCUUGGAGCGAGACUCUCCGAUUGGAACUACAGCCGUUCAAUAUUCGGGUUAUUUCCCUGGUUACAGGCUCUGUGGCUACGAAUGUCAUGUCGCAUAAUGACCUCAGCUUACCCGAAAGCUCCCUUUACCAGAAGGCGCUCUCAGAGAUUCAGACACGUGGAGUUGGGAAGGAUGUUUCGAGCAAGACUCCACCAGCCGAAUUUGCUCACGAUGUUGUUAAAGACGUGCUGGGCGGAGCAUCGGGACCUGUAUGGCGUGGCGCAAUGGCUUCGAUGGUGAAAUUCAUGUCCAAAUACAUGCCGACAGCCGUUCUGGAUCGGGCAAUGAAGGGUGGAACUGGACUGGACAAGCUGCCUUGA